AAAAGAUGAAAAGGAAUAUGCAUUGAAGCAAAUUGAAGGCACAGGAAUAUCCAUGUCAGCUUGUAGAGAGAUUGCACUUUUGCGAGAAUUGAAGCACCCUAAUGUGAUCGCGUUGCAGAAGGUGUUCCUUUCUCACAGUGACAGAAAAGUGUGGCUGCUGUUUGAUUAUGCAGAACAUGACUUAUGGCAUAUAAUCAAGUUUCAUCGAGCAUCAAAAGCAAAUAAAAAGCCCAUGCAGUUGCCACGAUCUAUGGUCAAGUCAUUACUUUACCAGAUUCUUGAUGGUAUCCACUAUCUCCAUGCCAACUGGGUGCUUCACAGAGACCUGAAACCAGCAAAUAUCCUAGUAAUGGGAGAAGGUCCUGAGAGGGGGAGAGUCAAAAUUGCUGACAUGGGUUUUGCCAGAUUAUUCAACUCUCCUUUAAAGCCACUAGCAGAUUUGGAUCCAGUGGUUGUAACAUUUUGGUAUCGGGCUCCAGAACUUUUGCUUGGUGCGAGGCAUUAUACAAAGGCCAUUGAUAUAUGGGCAAUAGGUUGCAUAUUUGCCGAAUUGUUGACUUCAGAACCCAUUUUUCACUGUCGUCAGGAAGAUAUAAAAACAAGCAAUCCCUUUCAUCACGACCAGCUGGAUCGGAUAUUUAGUGUCAUGGGGUUUCCUGCAGAUAAAGACUGGGAAGAUAUUAGAAAGAUGCCAGAAUACCCUACACUUCAAAAAGACUUUAGAAGGACAACGUAUGCCAACAGCAGCCUCAUCAAGUACAUGGAGAAACACAAGGUCAAGCCUGACAGCAAAGUGUUCCUUUUGCUUCAGAAACUCCUUACCAUGGAUCCAACCAAGAGAAUCACCUCAGAGCAGGCUCUGCAGGACCCCUACUUCCAGGAGGACCCCUUGCCGACGCUGGACGUGUUCGCCGGCUGCCAGAUCCCCUACCCGAAGCGCGAGUUCCUCACCGAGGACGAGCCCGAGGACAAAGGCGACAAGAAUCAGCAGCAGCAGCAGAACCAGCACCAGCAGCCCACAGCCCCUGCACCGCAGGCAGCGGCCCCUCCGCAGGCGCCCCCUCCACCGCAGAGCGGCACCCAGACCAACGGGACCGCAGGGGGCGUGGCCGCCGGCGUGGGGGGCGCCGCGGCGGGGCUGCAGCACAGCCAGGACUCCGGCCUGAGUCAGGUGCCUCCCAGCAAGAAGCCGCGGCUCGGGCCCUCGGGUGCAAGCUCGGGCGCGCCUGUCAUGCCCUCCGACUAUCAGCACUCUAGUUCUCGCCUGAAUUACCAAAGCAGCGUUCAGGGAUCCUCUCAGUCCCAGAGCACCCUAGGCUACUCCUCGUCGUCUCAGCAGAGUGCGCAGUACCACCCAUCUCACCAGGCCCACCGGUACUGAUCCACAGCCCUCCGCUUGGCCCCGGCCAGCCCAGAGCACGGACCUCAGCAAUAUGAUGUCUGCACUGCAGAGAACCCCAAAGUGCAAACUGUGAUGCCAUUUAAAACUCACACAUUUGGGAGGAGAACCUUGCAUACUGAGCAUUUGGCAGGACUGACAUCUCUUCUUCAUGGACUUAAAGAAGUUUUCGUGAAGUUUCCCAAUUUCCCUGUCCCGCAUGUGUUCCAUUGUGACUUCUCUGAUAAAGUGUCUGAUCUAAUCCCAGCACUUCUGUGCCCUUCAGCAUUUUGUGAAGGAUUUCCUGGUGCACCUUUCUCAUGCUGUAGCAAUCACUAUGAUUUAUCUUUUGAAAGCUCUUUUAACAGGAUUUUAAUGUUUUAGAAACAGGACUCCAGUGGUGUAUAGUUUUAUACUUCAUGAACUGACUUAGCAACACAGGUAAAAGUGAAUCUUUUUAAAGCACUGCACAGUUUUCACAGACUAUAACUGUUUUGCUCAUGGAAAUCUUAAACAGAAGCUGUUACUGUCCCGAAGUACUUUACUAUUAUGUUUAUUUAUCUAGUUUCAGGGAAGGUCUAGUAAAAGACAAGAGGUGGGACAGAGGCAACCUACAACCAAAACCAGCCUAGAUCUCUGCAGUUACUGUGCUUUAUGCUAUGAAGAAUGAAGUAUGUGAUUUUAUAUAACCAUUUGUACGGAACUUAGUUCCUCGAAUCAUUGUAUUCUGAAUAGUAUUCAGUAAUUAGGAAUUAUAGUUUUAACCUACAUGUAGCUAAGUUUACCUUAAAAAGGGUUUCAAGAGCUUUGAUGAAAUACAGUCCUGGUGACCCACACCAGAAAGCUGGAGAGAAUAUUAACUGCACUAGGAUUUCUUUAAGGAGUAAUGUUUAUCAAAGGAGGUAUUACUUCCCCUUGAAGGAAAGGUUUUUAGUGUAUUGUGUGUAAAAUCGGCUUCUCUAAAGAAACUGUUGCUUUGUUCAGUUUCUGUACAGCUGAGUCGAAGUAACUUUCUUACAUAAUCAAGAGUACUCAAAUAGAAGCCUGCAAAUUCAUAUGCUUUUAAAAUAAAGAGCAGUGUUCUCUGUUUGUACUUGCAUUAGGCAUAGACUAUUUUUAAAGCAUGUUAAAAAUUUAGGUUUUAUACAUGUUUAAAGUAUGUAUUAUGUAUUAUGCAUAAUUUCGCUGUUGUUACUGAAACUUACUGCUAUCAAGAAUCUUUUCAUUGCACUGAAUGCUUUCUUUUGCCCCUAGGAGAAAACUUAAUAAUUGUGCCUAAAAAACUAUGGGCAGAUAGUGUAAGGCUAUCCCAGAUAAGGUGAAUACUUGCAUUGCCAUUAUCUAUGAAUUUGAGGCUGAGUUCUUUCUCAGCCACUGUAAGUAGCACCUCACUCCCCAGAGUCAAAAGGAAUCGUAAAGAUUUAGAGCUCGCGUUGCAAUGUAGGGGGCAAAAAUUUUGUGUUCUUCUAAAUGCUACUAGCAGCACCAGCCUUGUUUUAAUGUUUUCUUGAACUAGAAGAAAUAGCUGAUUAUUGUAUAUGCAAAUUAUAUGCAUUUUUAAACUAUUCUUUGUGAACUUAUCUACCUGGUUAUGAUACUCUGGGUCCAUAUACAAGUAAAAUAAGAUUUAAGACAGAAGCCAGUAUACAUUUUGCACUAUUGAUGUGAUACUGAAGCCAGCCAGGACCUUACUGAUCUCAGCAUAAUAAUGCUUAAUGAUGAUAAUAAGGCUCUAGUGACACUCAUCAAGACUAAAGAUGAAGCAGUUGAUGUGCUCCAUUGGAAGGAAUUUCUGAUCCUCUCCAUGGUAUUUAACCCCUUUUGUUCUUUAAGAAAUUAAGCCUCCUUGCAUGAUGUAGUCACCUGUACAAAGUUCUGUCCUAUGCCCUGAAGCCUUGUCCAGAACUGGUGGGCAGCAGGUGCCAACUGCACCCUCACCAUGUGCCCAGUGCUCUGCUGGCUGGAAAAUGCAAAGGGCAGGACAUACUUUGUGUCUUUGGGGAGCCUAUUGUCACUUCAGUGACAGCAAGCUUUCCUGGGAAGUCUGCUGUGUGUUUGACUUACAAUAACACAAAGGUCCUUUUGUUUACUUCUCAAUCCACUUGGACAGUUACUCUUCCGAAUUCUAUAGUAAACAGUGUUAUAGAAAGGUUUCUGUGUCUGUCUAUGGUAGGAGAAAGCCAGUGACUUAAGUGUCACAAAAGGCAUUCCUGUAUAUUUGAAAUAUUCACAGCAGCCUUGGACAGCUGGGCGGCCCUGGUGGGCAGAGCACUCUCUGUGAAGUGGUUGUAGGAAAGUACAGUUAAAACAUAAGCUCUGUUCUCAAUGUGAGGGAAGCUUACAUUUAAUAAAAGAAGAAACCCCAAAUAUGUAUAUAAGCCGAGAUACCGGGCCCCUUAAUACUUUAUAAGUAAUUUUGAUAUGUGAUUCUUAGAUUACGUGUUUAUACAUUGACAGAACUACCCUGCUUUCCUUGUACAUAAUGAACUUUACUGGUAGAACUGACACAAACCACAGGGGGUUGUCAGUUGCUCCCAGUACACAGUAUUCUCCGGGACAUAGCCAGCGGCCCCCAUUACAUAGACGACUGGGUUUCUUAUCACUGCACUGUUUCUGCCCCUUUUCUCCUCUUCUUGCCUCAGGGUUGGUGAUGCCUACUGUUGCCCAUUACACUUUGAAGUGAUUUUGGUUAGUAAUUUCCUUUUUCUAUAAAGGGGAACAAAGCUUUCCACACAUAAGGGCCCAGGACUACGGGACCUCCAAGGAGACCUGUAAAGCUUUCUGAAGGCCAAAUUCAUCAUUGUGGUCCCCAGAUGACUACAUUCCCUUUGACAGUCUGAUGUUAUGCUACGUCCCCAAGGGUGCAGGGGGCACCUCCCUCAGCGUGUGGGAGCACCUGGACCAGGGGAAGUAUUGAAAGAAGGAAUGAAGCCAAGGGAAGGUUUUCUGCUCUUGAUUUUACAGAUCUAUGUAGGUUAGCUUGCUAGCGAGGUGUGUGUUUGGGAAAAGGGACCCAGGAGUACGGAACGGAUGAAAUAAGGUAGCUUGGUGGCAGGGCUGAUCCUGUGAGGCUGAACAAUCCUUGUAGUGGAGUAGAUCGUGCAGUGAGGUGCAAAAACCAAGGGUGUGUAUAUUUUUAUACCUGUGUGGUUUGAAACUUUAGUACUUAGAAUGUUGGCCUUCUGUACUACCCUUUUGCUCUUAGUUUACUCUCAAGAAUGGGAAAGGACAGCAUGUGUGUACGUGUUCACUGCUUCAUUCCUGGUGAAGCAGCUGCUGGUUGUUCUCUGUGCCUCUGAAACGAUGCUCUUUUCUCUGAUAAAGGUAAGAGAGAAAAUGUAGUUGGAGAGCAAGACUUGGAACUUGAUCUGCUCUUGAAUAGCAGAAACUGUACAAUGAAGGAUGAAUUCUAUGAAAGUUGCAAAUCUUAAACUCUGUGGUGUAUCUUCCUAGGGGAUAGAGAAAUGCAGUGGCAAGUCCAUUAGGUUAACAGAGACUUGAAGGAGUCAAGUACAAGGCAUAUUUUAUAUACAGUAUAGCAGUUUAUGUCUCCAUAAUCCUCAAGAAUAGUCACAAAUAUAAGGCAAAGGUCAGUGUUCUAGAAUUUUUUUUUUUAAAUGUGUUGUACCUAAGGCCAUACCUACUCUUCUAUGCUAUCACUAUAAGGGAGUGAUACGUAUGUAUUAUAUGAAAAAAAAUUCUUAAUGCACUGUUAUCUCCUAAAUAUUUAGUAAAUUAAUACUAUUUAAUUUUUUUAAAGAUUUGUCUGUGUAGACACUAAAAGUAUUACACAAAAUCUGGACAGAAGAUGUCCUUUUUAACAACAAUUGAAAGUCCUUUUUAUAUAUGUUAUGUAGUAUAUGGUUUCUAAACCUCCUAGUUUGUAUUUCUGAUAAUUCCUGUCUGUGAAGUGUACCUGUCCUUGUCUCUUUUACAGUCAUUUUCUGCACGCUGCCCUUUUUGUAUGACUAUCGAUGUGACUAGCUUUCCAUGCUCUGCUGCCCUGUGUGUGCUCCAGGCACGCGCCUGUGCACGGCCGCCCCGCGGGUGCAGGAGGAGCUGCCGCUUGCGAGCCCAGCAUUUCCUGCUCUUUAGUGUCCUGACAUCCUUUUUGAAAUGACUGUUAAACUAAAAUAAAUUAGAUUGCAUUUAUUUUAUAUUCUUGGUUGAAAUAAAAUCUAAUUGGCUUUG